CUUCAACUCACCGCAGAAAUUUCAGGUGUCGCCAUGGGCCGCCGUCCUGCUCGUUGUUACCGGUAUUGCAAGAAUAAGCCGUAUCCAAAGUCACGCUUCUGCCGAGGAGUCCCUGAUGCCAAGAUCCGCAUCUUUGACCUGGGUCGGAAGAAGGCAAAAGUGGAUGAAUUCCCGCUCUGUGGCCACAUGGUGUCUGAUGAAUAUGAGCAGCUCUCUUCUGAAGCCCUGGAGGCCGCCCGAAUUUGUGCCAACAAGUACAUGGUGAAAAGUUGUGGCAAAGAUGGUUAUCACAUUCGAGUGCGGCUCCAUCCGUUCCAUGUUAUCCGCAUCAACAAGAUGUUGUCCUGUGCUGGGGCUGACAGGCUCCAGACAGGUAUGCGAGGUGCCUUUGGAAAGCCUCAGGGUACAGUGGCCAGAGUCCACAUCGGUCAAGUCAUCAUGUCCAUCCGCACCAAGCUUCAGAACAAGGAACAUGUGAUUGAAGCCUUACGCAGGGCCAAGUUCAAGUUCCCUGGGCGCCAGAAGAUUCACAUCUCCAAGAAAUGGGGCUUUACCAAGUUCAACACUGAUGAAUUUGAAGACAAAGUGGCUAGGAAGUGCCUCAUCCCGGAUGGUUGUGGAGUUAAAUACGUCCCCAGUCGUGGCCCUCUGGACAAGUGGCAAGUUCUGCAUUCGUGACAUCGUGGAAAGCACUGCCAACUUGGCCAAGCUGAUCUGACUUUUGCUUAACAAUAAAUUUUAUUUACUGGC